AUGCCAACCCAAACGCCAACCCCGAUCCCAGAGGUUGAACACUUCACCGUCAAUUUCACCUUAACCAACCUCAAAUACAAGCCGGAGAUGGGAACUCCUGGCUCUCGACUGUUCAAUGCCACAGAGAAGGAUCUCAUGCGCUUGCUGGACAAAAUUCUCCUCAAGAGCAGCAUUGGCUCAGCAUAUCUGGAGUGUAAAGUGACUCAGCUGAGACCGGUGAGAAAUGGGGAUGAAACUGGAAUGGACGCCAUCUGCACUUACCGCAAUGACUCCUCCACGCCCGUCUUUGACCGUGUGAAAGUGUACCAUGAGAUAGUUAACCAGACUUAUGGUUUCACCAAGAUGGGUCAAUACUACCUGGAAAGAUACAGCCUCUAUGUCAAUGGUUACAAUGAAGCCCCUCUUGAAGCAACCACUUUGCCAACGCCAACCCAAACGCCAACCCCAAUCCCAGAGGUUGAACACUUCACCGUCAAUUUCACCUUAACCAACCUCAAAUACAAGCCGGAGAUGGGAACUCCUGGCUCUCGACUGUUCAAUGCCACAGAGAAGGAUCUCAUGCGCUUGCUGGACAAAAUUCUCCUCAAGAGCAGCAUUGGCUCAGCAUAUCUGGAGUGUAAAGUGACUCAGCUGAGACCGGUGAGAAAUGGGGAUGAAACUGGAAUGGACGCCAUCUGCACUUACCGCAAUGACUCCUCCACGCCCGUCUUUGACCGUGUGAAAGUGUACCAUGAGAUAGUUAACCAGACUUAUGGUUUCACCAAGAUGGGUCAAUACUACCUGGAAAGAUACAGCCUCUAUGUCAAUGGUUACAAUGAAGCCCCUCUUGAAGCAACCACUUUGCCAACACCAACUCAAACGCCAACCCCAAUCCCAGCGGUUGAACACUUCACCAUCAAUUUCACCAUAACCAACCUCAAGUACAAGCCAGAAAUGGGGACUCCCAAUACAAUGGCCUUCAAUGCAACAGAAAGAGUGCUUACCACACUGCUUGGCAAGAUUCUGCACAAUAGCAGCAUUGGCCCCACAUAUUCAGGGUGCAAAGUGACUCAACUGAGCCCGGUGAGAGAUGGAGACGGAACUGCAAUGGAUGCCAUCUGCACUUACCACAAUGACUCCACCAUGCCUGUCUUUGACCGAGUGAAGGUGUACCACGAAAUAGUUAACCAGACUGACUGUUUCACCAAAAUAGGGCCCUACCAUUUGGAAAGAUACAGCCUGUAUGUCAACGGUUAUAAUGAAGUCCCUCUUCAAACGACCACUUUGUCAACACCAACCCAGACACCGACCCCAAUCCCAGCACUUGAACAUUUCACCGUGAAUUUCACCGUAACCAACCUCAAAUACAAACCAGAGAUGGGAACUCCCCAUUCAAAGGCAUUCAAUGCUACAGAGAAAGCGCUCACCACUCUGCUUGGCAGAAUCCUCGCAAUUAGCAGCAUUGGCCCAGCAUAUCUGGGAUGCAAAGUGACAACUCUGAGAUUGGUGAAAAAUGGGGAUGAAACCGGAAUGGACGCCAUAUGCACUUACCAAAACGACUCCACCAUGCCCGUCUUUGACCGAGUGAAGGUGUACCACGAAAUUGUUGACCAGACCAAUGGUUUCACCAAGAUGGGACCUUAUGCCUUGGAAAGAUACAGUCUCUAUGUCAAUGGUUAUAAUGAAGUGCCUCUAGAACCAACUGUUUUGCCCACGACAACCCAAAUGCCAACCCCAGCAGUUGAACACUUCACUGUGAAUUUCACCGUAACCAACCUCAAAUUCAAGCCAGAGAUGGCAACUCCCCAUUCGAAGGCAUUCAAUGCUACAGAGAAAGCGCUCACCACUUUGCUUGGCAGAAUCCUCUCCAACAGUAGCAUGGGCCCUGCAUACCUGGGAUGCAAUGUGACAACUCUGAGAUUGGUGAAAAAUGGUGAUGAAACAGGAAUGGAUGCCAUCUGCACUUACCAAAACGACUCCACCAUGCCCGUCUUUGACCGAGUGAAGGUGUACCACGAAAUUGUUGACCAGACCAAUGGUUUCACCAAGAUGGGACCUUAUGCCUUGGAAAGAUACAGUCUCUAUGUCAAUGGUAGUCAACUAGGUUAUAAUGAAGUGCCUCUAGAACCAACUGUUUUGCCCACGACAACCCAAAUGCCAACCCCAGCAGUUGAACACUUCACUGUGAAUUUCACCGUAACCAACCUCAAAUUCAAGCCAGAGAUGGCAACUCCCCAUUCGAAGGCAUUCAAUGCUACAGAGAAAGCGCUCACCACUUUGCUUGGCAGAAUCCUCUCCAGCAGUAGCAUGGGCCCUGCAUACCUGGAAUGUAAUGUGACAACUCUGAGAUUGGUGAAAAACGGUGAUGAAACAGGAAUGGACGCCAUCUGCACUUACCGAAACGACUCCACCAUGCCCGUCUUUGACCGAGUGAAGGUGUACCACGACAUUGUUGACCAGACCAAUGGUUUCACCAAGAUGGGACCUUAUGCCUUGGAAAGAUACAGUCUCUAUGUCAAUGGUUAUAAUGAAGUGCCUCUAGAACCAACUGUUUUGCCCACGACAACCCAAAUGCCAACCCCAGCAGUUGAACACUUCACUGUGAAUUUCACCGUAACCAACCUCAAAUUCAAGCCAGAGAUGGCAACUCCCCAUUCGAAGGCAUUCAAUGCUACAGAGAAAGCGCUCACCACUUUGCUUGGCAGAAUCCUCUCCAGCAGUAGCAUGGGCCCUGCAUACCUGGGAUGCAAUGUGACAACUCUGAGAUUGGUGAAAAACGGUGAUGAAACAGGAAUGGACGCCAUCUGCACUUACCGAAACGACUCCACCAUGCCCGUCUUUGACCGAGUGAAGGUGUACCACGACAUUGUUGACCAGACCAAUGGUUUCACCAAGAUGGGACCUUAUGCCUUGGAAAGAUACAGUCUCUAUGUCAAUGGUUAUAAUGAAGUGCCUCUAGAACCAACUGUUUUGCCCACGACAACCCAAAUGCCAACCCCAGCAGUUGAACACUUCACUGUGAAUUUCACCGUAACCAACCUCAAAUUCAAGCCAGAGAUGGCAACUCCCCAUUCGAAGGCAUUCAAUGCUACAGAGAAAGCGCUCACCACUUUGCUUGGCAGAAUCCUCUCCAGCAGUAGCAUGGGCCCUGCAUACCUGGGAUGCAAUGUGACAACUCUGAGAUUGGUGAAAAACGGUGAUGAAACAGGAAUGGAUGCCAUCUGCACUUACCGAAACGACUCCACCAUGCCCGUCUUUGACCGAGUGAAGGUGUACCACGAAAUUGUUGACCAGACCAAUGGUUUCACCAAGAUGGGACCUUAUGCCUUGGAAAGAUACAGUCUCUAUGUCAAUGGUUAUAAUGAAGUGCCUCUAGAACCAAGAUUCUGCUCAGACUCUCUCUCUCCUUCCAGAUUGGUGAAAAACGGUGAUGAAACAGGAAUGGACGCCAUCUGCACUUACCGAAACGACUCCACCAUGCCCGUCUUUGACCGAGUGAAGGUGUACCACGACAUUGUUGACCAGACCAAUGGUUUCACCAAGAUGGGACCUUAUGCCUUGGAAAGAUACAGUCUCUAUGUCAAUGGUUAUAAUGAAGUGCCUCUAGAACCAACUGUUUUGCCCACGACAACCCAAAUGCCAACCCCAGCAGUUGAACACUUCACUGUGAAUUUCACCGUAACCAACCUCAAAUUCAAGCCAGAGAUGGCAACUCCCCAUUCGAAGGCAUUCAAUGCUACAGAGAAAGCGCUCACCACUUUGCUUGGCAGAAUCCUCUCCAACAGUAGCAUGGGCCCUGCAUACCUGGGAUGCAAUGUGACAACUCUGAGAUUGGUGAAAAACGGUGAUGAAACAGGAAUGGACGCCAUCUGCACUUACCGAAACGACUCCACCAUGCCCGUCUUUGACCGAGUGAAGGUGUACCACGACAUUGUUGACCAGACCAAUGGUUUCACCAAGAUGGGACCUUAUGCCUUGGAAAGAUACAGUCUCUAUGUCAAUGGUUAUAAUGAAGUGCCUCUAGAACCAACUGUUUUGCCCACGACAACCCAAAUGCCAACCCCAGCAGUUGAACACUUCACUGUGAAUUUCACCGUAACCAACCUCAAAUUCAAGCCAGAGAUGGCAACUCCCCAUUCGAAGGCAUUCAAUGCUACAGAGAAAGCGCUCACCACUUUGCUUGGCAGAAUCCUCUCCAACAGUAGCAUGGGCCCUGCAUACCUGGGAUGCAAUGUGACAACUCUGAGAUUGGUGAAAAACGGUGAUGAAACAGGAAUGGACGCCAUCUGCACAUACCGAAACGACUCCACCAUGCCCGUCUUUGACCGAGUGAAGGUGUACCACGACAUUGUUGACCAGACCAAUGGUUUCACCAAGAUGGGACCUUAUGCCUUGGAAAGAUACAGUCUCUAUGUCAAUGGUUAUAAUGAAGUGCCUCUAGAACCAACUGUUUUGCCCACGACAACCCAAAUGCCAACCCCAGCAGUUGAACACUUCACUGUGAAUUUCACCGUAACCAACCUCAAAUUCAAGCCAGAGAUGGCAACUCCCCAUUCGAAGGCAUUCAAUGCUACAGAGAAAGCGCUCACCACUUUGCUUGGCAGAAUCCUCUCCAACAGUAGCAUGGGCCCUGCAUACCUGGGAUGCAAUGUGACAACUCUGAGAUUGGUGAAAAACGGUGAUGAAACAGGAAUGGACGCCAUCUGCACUUACCGAAACGACUCCACCAUGCCCGUCUUUGACCGAGUGAAGGUGUACCACGACAUUGUUGACCAGACCAAUGGUUUCACCAAGAUGGGACCUUAUGCCUUGGAAAGAUACAGUCUCUAUGUCAAUGGUUAUAAUGAAGUGCCUCUAGAACCAACUGUUUUGCCCACGACAACCCAAAUGCCAACCCCAGCAGUUGAACACUUCACUGUGAAUUUCACCGUAACCAACCUCAAAUUCAAGCCAGAGAUGGCAACUCCCCAUUCGAAGGCAUUCAAUGCUACAGAGAAAGCGCUCACCACUUUGCUUGGCAGAAUCCUCUCCAACAGUAGCAUGGGCCCUGCAUACCUGGGAUGCAAUGUGACAACUCUGAGAUUGGUGAAAAACGGUGAUGAAACAGGAAUGGACGCCAUCUGCACUUACCGAAACAACUCCACCAUGCCCAUCUUUGACCGAGUGAAGGUGUACCACGAAAUUGUUGACCAGACCAAUGGUUUCACCAAGAUGGGACCUUAUGCUUUGGAAAGAUACAGUCUCUAUGUCAAUGCUGUUUUGCCAACUACAGUACCAGUGGUUGAACACUUCACUGUGAAUUUCACCGUAACCAACCUCAAAUACAAACCGGAGUUGGGAACACCCUAUUCAAAGGCAUUCAAUGCUACAGAGAAAGCGCUCACCACUCUGCUUGGCAGAAUCCUCACCAGUAGCUCUAUUGGCCCGAUGUACCUGGGAUGCAAAGUGUCAGCUCUGAGACCUGUGCUAAGCGGGGAUGAAACUGGGAUGGACGCUGUCUGCUCUUACCAGAACAACUCUGCCACACCGGCAUUUGACCGGGUGAAGGUGUACCAUGAAAUCGUCAAUGGGACAACAAGUUUCACCAAGAUGGGGCCCUACAGCUUGGAAAGAUACAGCCUCUACAUCAACGGUUAUAAUGAAGCCCCUCUGGAACCAACAACUCAGCCCCCAGCCCCAGCAGAAGAACACUUCACUGUGAAUUUCACCAUAACCAACCUCAAAUACAAGCCAGAGAUGGGGAUUCCCAAUUCAAAGUCAUUCAAUGCUACAGAGAAAGCUCUUACCACUCUGCUUGGCAGAGUCCUCUCCAGCAGCAGCUUUGGCCCGGACUAUCAGGGAUGCAAAGUGACAGCUCUGAGACCUGUGAGAGGCGGGGACGAAACUGGGAUGGAUGCGGUCUGCACUUACAGGAGUGAUUCUCCUUCGUCCUUCUUCGACCGAGUGAAAGUCUACCAUGAAAUAGUGAACAGGACAAGCAGCUUCACCAAGAUGGGGCCCUACCUCCUAGACCAGAGCAGCCUCUAUGUUAAUGAUUAUAAUGAAGUUCCUCCAGUAACAACUGUUUUGCCAACUACAAUGCCAGUGGUUGAACACUUCACUGUGAAUUUCACAGUAACCAACCUUAAAUACAAGCCAGAGCUGGGAACCCCCAAUUCAAAGGCAUUCAAUGCUACAGAGAAGGCCCUCACCACUCUGCUUGGGAGAAUCCUUGCCGCUACUAGUGUUGGCCCGGUGUAUUUAAGAUGCAAAGUGUCAUCUCUGAGACCUAUGAGAAGCGGGGAUGCAACUGGAAUGGAUGCCAUCUGUGCUUACCAAAGCAAUUCCAUCAAGGGGCCAUUUGACCGAGUGAAAGUGUACCAUGAGAUAGUUAACAAGACCAACGGCUUCACCAAGAUGGGGCCCUACAGUCUGGACCAGGACAGCCUCUGUGUUAAUGAUUACAAUGAAGCAUACCGUCCUAUACGUGCUUUGCCCAACAGCACCCCACCUCCGACAGUGGUGGAUCGCUUCACGGUGAACUACACCCUGACCAGUCUCGUGUACAAGCCGGAGAUGGGAAUUCCCAAAUCGAAGGUGUUCAGUGCGACAGAGCGGGCCCUCACAAUGCUGAAGCAUGGGGGGGAACUCUCCAAAAAGGGUGCUGAGCUUGGGGAACGUGGGUUGGAAACAGUUGACAGGCAGGCUGUAACUAAGAAGGCAGGCAGAUCUGUGGAAGAUGGGAAGUACACUGGUGUAGACAGCGUCUGCAGCUUCCAAAGAGACUCUACAGCGCCCCCUUUUGACCAAGUGCAGGUGUACCGUGAGCUUGUCAACAGGACAGAGAGCUUCACCAAGAUGGGGCCCUACAACUUAGACCAGAACAGCCUCUUUGUGAAUGGUUAUCAUGAACUACCACAUCAACUUGGAUUGGUCACAACUCCUUCCCCCAAACCAGCCAGUGAACAAUUCACGGCGAACUUCACAGUGACCAACCUCCGAUACAAGCCGGAGAUGACGGAUCCGCAUUCUAAAACUUUCCUGUCCACAGAGAAAGUUCUUUCCACUUUACUGGGCCAAAUUUUGGAGAAAAGCAGCAUUGGACCAGCUCAUGCAGGAUGCAAUCUUAUUGCUCUAAGUUCUUUGGAUGAUGGGAUGUCGACGGCAGUGGACAUGAUCUGCACCUACAGAAAAGACGCCGCGGCACCCCUGUUCGACCGGGUGAAGGUGUACCACGAGCUAAUCAACACGACCAACGGCUUCGCCAACAUCGGGCCCUACAAGCUGGACAAGAACAGCCUCUAUGUGAACGGUUACAAUGAGCUACAAAGCGUUCUGCCUCUCACCUCUGCGACCCCGGCCAAGCCGCCGUCUUUGGGGCAUUUCACGGUCAACUAUACCUUGUCCAGCUUGCCUUAUACAAGCGAUAUGGGGGUGCCUGGUUCUCGCAAGUUCAACUCCACGGUGAAAGCCCUGAAGUACUAUAUGGAACCCCUUCUCAGGAGCACAAGCAUCGGCUCAGCAUUUACAGGCUGCCAAGUACAGAGAUUUCGCUGGUAUUCUGAGGUAGACUGCUGCUGA